AGGAUGCAGUUUAUGGAUUGAAAGAGGAAGAGGGGGAGAUGACUGUUACAUCAAAAAAGGAGGAGGAGGAAACUGGAUAUCUGGGCCCGGUUUCCCAAACGCAUCUUAAGGCAUCCGACCGUUCUAACGCUGAAUUUAGCCAUAAGAUGGUUUUGAGAAACCGUUCCCUGAUUAACACUAGAGAGAGACGGUAUUAUCGUGGAUCCUCUGGGGAGCCUCAACAACAUCAUGAUGCUGAAGAGGCAGAGAAGAGUCUUUCCAGAUCUCUUCCCAUAGGGAAGAGCUCUGACAUUGGGAAGAGAUUCACCUCAUCAGGCAUUAAAAUUCAUCAGAGUAUCCACACAGGAGAGAAACCUUAUAGCUGUGGUCAAUGUUGGAAGAGAUUUGCUACAUCUGGCAAUCUGACACGACACCAUAGAACACACACAGGAGAGAAACCUUAUAGCUGUGGUCAAUGUGGGAAGAGUUUUGGUCAAUCUGUAGAGCUGACAGUGCACCAGAGAAUACACACAGGAGAGAAACCUUAUAGCUGUGAUCAAUGCGGGAAGAGUUUUGCGACAUCUAACUGUCUGACAGUGCACCAGAGAAUACACACAGGAGAGAAACCUUAUAGCUGUGAUCAAUGUGGGAAGGGUUUUGCUUCAUCUAACCAUCUGACAGUGCACCAGAGAAUACACACAGGCGAGAAACCUUAUAGCUGUGGUCAAUGUGGGAAGAGUUUUAGUCAAUCUGGAUUUCUGACAGUGCACCAGAGAAUACACACAGGAGAGAAACCUUAUAGCUGUGAUCAAUGUGGGAAGAGAUUUGCUACAUCUGGCUCUCUGACAGUACACCAGAGAACACACACAGGAGAGAAACCUUAUAGCUGUGGUCAAUGUGGGAAGCGAUUUGCUACAUCUGGCAAUCUGACUCAACACCAGAGAACACACAAAGGAGAGAAAUCUCAUAGCUGUGACCAGAGAUAAUCUGAUAAAGGAUCUCUGAUCAAAUAUUAGAAAAUACAUAAAUGAAGGAGUUGUUUCAUGAUUUCAAUGAAUUCAUGUCACAAUGUAGAACAUUGUAGUAGGAGUAUUGUCACAAUGUAGAAGCCUAAACGUUGAUUUCAAUAUGAUAUGGAUAUUAGCCUCGGGAAAUCCAGGCAAAAAAUCCCGGCUCUGAAACGGAAGAGUACUUUUUAUGUGAUUUAACAAAAAUUGACAAACAAAAUAAGAGAUCAAAUCAAAUGUAGCCCUUCUUACGUCAUCUGAUAUCUCAAAGUGCUAUUCAGAACCCCGCUAAAACCCCAAACAGCAAGCAAUGGAGGUGUAG